UGCCCUCCGACUUCGUCGCGUACACAUCCCUCCCAGCGGAGAUCGUGGCUACUCGUCGGCGACGUGUUGCCAAUCGCGUUACGCGAUCGUAGGCAUACGUGAGAGGGAGUGCGGCAGUACCGGGACCCAUACGUCUCUCCUUUUAUCCGCCUAUCGCACGUUCGCCGGUGGAUGCGUUCGUGAUACUGCGACUGUCCGAGAAAGCCCGCUCGCUUUCGCAGUCACGAGAAGAGGGAAGGGGAGGAGCGAAAACGGAAAUUGAAAACGACGGUGAAGCAAUCCAACCGGUGGGACCGGAGGGAGAGAAACUGAACUUCAUUCCGCGCGGAAUUGCGGAGCUCGCCUUGGAGUUUCUCUCGAUUACAUCGCCACGGUAUUUCUGUUCGUAUCUCAGGAAUUAUCUCUGAAGAUCCGUCGACGGAAACGUCCGGUCUGAUUAUUGGGGAUUUUAUUACCGGUCACCCCGGUGAGAGGAUACCCCGACAGAAAAAAUCGCUCUUCUUCCAAGACACCCGCGCGAGAGAAGCGCUUCGCGCAAUCGUUCGUAGGAUUUCGGAGCAAUCGCUACGUGAUAACGGCGACUGUCGUCUCUGUUCGAUAUAAUCGCUCGAUAGGAAUCCUUGGUGAAGUGGGACAACAUCCUUUAUAGUUUCCUCGAAUAACAAACGAAAGGUUCAAGCGUACGGUGGUCGAGAGAUACUUGAUCGAUUUAGGAUGAACAUCUGGAAGAAACGACGCUUAUAAAGUUUUCGGUGUUGGUGGUGCGUCUUUUUACGCGCGGUGCUCGGAUUUUUGCUGAAAACCGCGUGCAUUAAAAAAAAAAAAAUCAAAGUGUGUGGAAGAGAGUGGUGGAAGAUCGCGAGAGAUCGAGCACGAUGCGCUGAAGGAGAAGCGUCGAUUAUUGCGGGUCAAAAGCGGGGCGGCCUACAGGCGCGCUGAACAUUAAGUUAAAUCGCUUCAGCAGCGAGAGCGGGACUGGUAGAUAGUGUAAUAGUGAUAAGACGCAGUGAACGAGGGUGAAAGAGAGAGAGAGAAAGAGAGAGAAAGAGUUGGACAAAGCGAAGUCGCGUGACCUGGUCAACUUGAUGAUCACGAUAUCGCUAUGCUGCCGCGAAGUAGCGUUUUGCCGUUUGAAUAAAAAGAAAUCUACGCAUAACGUGACGCGCACGAGAAGAGAAUAAUACUCGAAUUACUUUGAAAUAUCGCUCAGGGGGAGCGAUGCUAGCGGCAAAAGACACGAAAGUGAGAAGUACCCGCAGAGAUCUCUUUUGAAGCGCAUUACGGGGUCGACGAUAACGGUGAUAGAACUGAACAGAUGUAACUGAGUACGCGCGCGUGGAGAGGCAACGCAUACACGCGCGUAUAAAUAGAAACGUACGGACGGUAGAAAAGAUUGAGAGAGAGAGAUCUGACGUCCGUGCGGCGCGGGAGCGGCUGUACUAAUUGCCCGUCGUAAUUGGGUUUUGUAAGGCUCACGCUUAAUUAGUUCGUGGUCUAACGUGAACGAUGAAGUGGUGCGUGUUGGUGUUGGUAUUCGUCGGUCUGACUAGGGGCGAUAAUGCCAUCGAUACGAACAACAUCUUCAAUUGUCCGGAACUCAAUGCUCAAGAUGAGAUAGACCUCGACAAGAUUAUGGGCAAAUGGUACGUCGUGGAAGUACUGGAACACAGGGUGGAUCCCACGAAACCCGUGAGCAGUUCGUACAUCGUUGACUCUUGUCCAAUCGUGAGGUUGAGGGAGCCGCUGUGGGAGCAUGCUGCAUUGAAAUUACUAUGGAGCGAGGAGUCCGGAAACGUGGAAUACACCUUCCGAAUACCAGAUAUCUCCAGAAGAAAGGGCUUAUGGCGGACUAUGGCCCCGCAGAACGGUAGCUUGACGGAGAGGCAGAAGUACAUGCAGUUCACCGGCAGCGUACACGUAAUGAAGGCCGUCGCCUCGGACAUGGUGUUGACUUUCUGCUCCCGGAAUCCCAACAAUCAGCUCUACUCCCUCCUAUUGUCACGCGAGCACAUUCUGCAGAAGAGCGACAAACGAGGCGUUCACAAUCUUCUGUCGCGCCGCGGCCUGAAGAUCGUGAGCAUCCGCGAAACCUGCAUGAACGGCGGCGUCGGAUUCAGACGGAGCGCACUCGAUCUCAUCGCCUGGACGACCCUCGUCGGCCUCCUCUCGUCGAGCGUACUCCUCAGGUCUUGGCAGUAGUGAAAUUAGAUGGACGAUCGAUCGAUCUCGAGACAUCCAAGAUCGCCAGAUCGCGCCUCAACCGUGUCUCACCGUCGCGUCGUGGACUAAUUAACGCGAUUGUGCUAACACUUUGGAUGCUGCCACGCGAGUAAUCUCAGAACAUUAAGCCGGGUUACGGAAAUCCGUCGACUGCACUCGACGUCUACACGUGCUACGUUAGUUGCCUAUCUGCAAGAUGCUCGCGCGCGCGCCAAAAUAAAUAAUUCUCGCGUCCUAAUUUUCCGUGUAAUUUAAGUAAAGUUUUUAAUUUACCAAACCGAUCUCUCUUUUUUUUAAAUUUGUUAUAAUUUGUUGCCUUAUUAACAACUAUUUUAAUUAACAAGUAUAACAUGCGGAUAAAUUACUGAAUAAAAGCAAACCGCAGAGUUUACCUUUUACGCGGUUACAAAGAAUGAAAUGUUAUACGUUACACAUUAAUAUUAAAUAAUGCAACAUUCAGGAGAGUAAUUGUUGAAAUUUUAAACCAAAAUAAAAUAAUUUAACAAAAUUAAAAUAAGUUUAAUAAUUAAUUUAAAUUAAAGUAAAAUUAAAUUCCAAACGAAGCAGUUAAUGAGCUCUACUUAUUAUAAUUUUCUUUUUUUAACCGUCUAGGGCACUCUCAACGUGUCGAUCGAUACGCAAACUAAUUUUAAGCGAGAGAGUCGCAUCCAAAGGGUUAAAAUUACACCGCACGGCGACGGACGCUCGAUCAUUGACAUCGAAGAUUUCUUCCGCAAUUAACUUAACGUCAUCGUGGAUACUCGAUCAACAUCACGGAGAGCGGAAUUGCGAUUUAGAUCCUAGGUGUUCCCGGUCUCAGGUAAUCGCACAGAAAGAACGAACCAACGUCGACGGGAUUUGCGAUUCGGCGACUUCGAAUGACGAUUUUCAAGGGGAUCGGAUCGCGAGAAGCGUAGCAAGAUCGAGCGUAAGAGGAGCAUCGAUAUCAUCUGCGAUUCCCAUGCGGGGGUGCUUCUUCCAUUCCAUCCCUUUAUAGAUUCACCCCGGAUCGUCGGCCACUCGAAUAUUUUUCAGCGACGUCCGCCGUCAUUUGUUCCUGUACCGAGAAUGAAUUACCCAUUAGGCGAUUUCUCUCUACCUCCCGUCGUGGACCCUCGCGAAUCCUCGUGGACAUCGCGCUCUUCGCCGCUCCGUACGGUUUUUAAUCAAAAGCCCCUUUGUAGCGAGCGCAAAAAGUUUAUUGCGAACAAAGCGCGAACACACUGCGGAGUUCAUUCUUUCUUCUCCCUUGAUGUUUUCUUGAAUUAUGUGUGCUCGUGUCCUCUCUCUUGUAACGAAUUCGCUGAACGACAUGAUUUUGCCGACUGAAUUAUUGAAAGGUCCGCCUCGAUAUACUACUACUUAAUGCAUUUGUAUUAAGUAAUAAUUAAGUAAUAAUUAUUUCUAGGCUAAUUAUUACUUUUCGUACGUAACGUUACUUCUUGCGACGCGGAUUUAAGUUUAUACGAACAGAUUCGUUGCGAAAGGGAAAAAAAGAGCACUCUCCCGAAGUUUCAGCAAAGUUGUUAAGAUCACUUUGCGUCCGUUGCGAAAAUACGCGGUUUCUCUCCCCACACCCCUCCCCACUUUAAUGGCGCAAAUCUCAACGAAAUCCGUAACAGAGGGAGAGUAAGAAUGACGGAACAUCAGAAUCUCUCGCGCGAGAACCGCGCCGAGGAUUUUCCGCAAAUACUUUUCCGAUAGCUGAGGGACGCGUACCCGUUUGGCGAACCCCUUGGCAUCCCUUUGACCACACUGAGGGAUGUUCGAGCGGCACUAACGUUUCUCUUUCCAUCUCUCUGUUCCCCUCGCCCCGGUACUUGUCCGUCAGAAAAGUUCCCUCGAAUUGCCUUAUCGUGGGGAACAUCUCGAUGCCAGAGUCGCGUCCCGCCGAUAAGAGCGCGGAUUACGGGGGAGAGAAAUGGGAACGCGAAGCUAAGAGAUGUCUGCAUUCUUGUGUGUCUCCGUCAAAUAGACGAAGAGAUAGAGAGGGAGAGAGAAGAAAAAUGAGGUAUGCUCUCAACGAUUUCGAGUUCCACUGAUGCAGCAACCUCAUGCAGAUUGCAGAACUGUCUGAACGGCGAUAAUGCCGUUCCGCGGGAAGAAGUUCCCCCGGGAUUCGCUUUGCCUCUUUCGAGGUUUUUCGCAUACGGGGUGCUCUUAAGAACGAGGCUAACGAUAACCAUGGUGCAACCGUGGUCACCACGGCCCAGGUCCCGCUAACGUCUUCAAAAGUGACAGUAAGACGCCACGGCUUACGAUAAAAGUUGCCUAUGUGCCUAUUUGAGUAACAAUUGAUAUACCGUUUGUACUAUCCUUUUAAUAUUGCCUUUUAUGAGAAACAAAUCAUCUCAUAUUUUCAAUCUCAUAUCUUAAUCUUGCUUUAUCAUGCAGAAUAUUAUAGAUACAUUUUAAAAGGUUAUUUGCAUUAAUUUUUUUUUAUUGUAAUCCCGAUGUGUAAGUUUUUGUUUUAUUUUUUUUUCACAAAACUUUUUUCACAAAAGUGUCGUAUUGAUCUGAAAGCUCGUGAGAUCUUUUUCAAGACACCUUGUAUUAUGCAGUUCGGGUCACGUAUAGCUCACGAAUGUCGCGACGUCGUCGCGACGUCGGUGUCGUUCUGUUUCGCUCUGCGCCGCGUAACGAAAUCACCGAAAUCUCCAUACUCACGCCUAGAAUUUUCAAACGACUACGCAAAUAGGUAAGCCCACAUUUUUCAACAGACCGUCGGCAAUUAUUGAUUCAUCAUCCUGAUUCACCGAAAGAGACGAAUCCGCACAAAACGAGUCUUUUACACGAUUAUCGAAUUAGUACUCCCGUUUGGGAUAAAAAAUAAACAAAUAUGUAUAAAGACCAGCAAUAGCUUUGACUGUCGAAUUUUUAUACAUCUCUCAAUGUUUUUAAUGUUUAAAAGAAGGAGGGAUACACACCGCUUCGGAAUUUUCACACGCGCAUUAUCGAAAAAUCGAUGUCUACGAAUAUCGCUUGAGACCGGUCCAACGUUGCGCAUAUUUACGAUAAAUAAUUGUAAUUUUGGCUAAAGUUUCGAAAAGAUUUUUGCUUCAAUUAUUAUAAAAUUUGGCGACAACGUCUCUCUCUUUUGAAAAAAUAAAAAACCGAAUUUUUCAACCCAAUCUUUCGAUUUUCACGAUGCUAAUUAAUAAUUCUGAUUGUUAAAUAAAAUUUCAAUCAACGAGUUGCUAAAUGCACAUUUUUAAAAUUCUCCGUUACACAUUAAAAUAAUUCGAGGUAAGUACGCUUUUCGGAACUUGGCUCGUAAUUUUAAGCGAAAGAUCUAAGUGUUCAAUUUAAAUGAAUCAGUACGACUGGAAGCCGCGUAAACAUCAUUUUUUUGUUGCGGAAAAGUUUAGUCACGAUCAGAAUUUUAUUCUCCAAAUGGAAGAUGAAAUAUGUUUGAUCGGUUAAAUCGACGUUCUCUCCUUGCACCCUUUAAACGCUUUACAGAAUAAAAUACCGUCCGCGGUUAACUCUCGAGAAAGAUCUGAUAUAUGCGGUUUCCAGUCGCAUCGAUGCAAAUAAUCACGUCGUACAUGAAUGAUUCGUGUCUCUGGAAAAAAAAAAAUAAAGAAUCGAACGUCGUUCUGCUGUACGACCACGAGACACGAUAUAAAUGCAUGUCGUACAUGUUUCCGAGUGUUGGCGAAUGUAAAAUGACAAUAGGUGUCAGCGGUCACGCUGAUUCUGCGAGGAUGGAUAGGUGUAGCAAAUCGUCGAAUAUUUAAAGUCUAAACUAUCGAACCAAAUAUCGCGUGAGGGAGGAUAUCAAUGUACCGUGACAAUUUCACAUUCAAUCUACAAUUCUCGAAUGUUUUCUCUACAGUUGUCUAGGAUUAAGAAUGUCAGUUAUCCGGUAAGCUACGCGAACGUAAUUAAAAUACAUAAUUCUUAGCGUUCUUUCCGUUGCAUGUGACACACAAAUUUUAUUGUUAAUAUUUAAGCUUCGUUAUUUUCCCGAUUUGUCAAAUUGAUAUGCAAUCAUAGAAUUAUAUAAGCUACGUGCGUGUGCGUAAGGAAAAUAACAGUUUAAUCCAACUGCUAGUAUAAUAACUAAAACAGCGUGAAAUAAUUAUUUCGCUUUGAAAUAUAAAAUCGCCCCUCGAAAUAUAAUAAUUAUAUUUAUUAUUUUGUUAAUUGUUUCAUAUAUAACUCUAUAAAGCAAAUUUAUUACUGAUUAUUGGGAUGCCGUUAUUACUAGAAAGUCUAUUAUAAAAUAACGUAGUUGUUAUAAAAUAAUCAUAUUUAUAUAUAUAUAUAUAUAUAUAUAUAAAGAUACGGUAUUAUAAUUAUCGAUCGAUGCAAUAUCAAGAUGCGAAGUGAUUGUGAUUAACGACGUAAUUAAAUUGAAAGCCAUUGUAGCAACGAUUACGCGAAUACAUUCCUUGAAAAGUCUGAUAAGCCUGAUGAAUCUCUUGGAUGAUUGUCAAAAUAUCCAAGUAAUUUAAUAAAUGACAAUUAAGACAAAAA